GCCUCAGUUCGCUUUUGUGUCGCCUUGUGGCAGGUCGCCUCCGCUGUCGGCUACUUGAUAUCUGCUUUCGGAUUUCUGAUAUUCUCGCCUCGCUGUGUCGCUCAUACGCCCCGUUGGCCCGGUACGGCCGAACAUUUGAAAAGGAUAAGGCGUUGACUAGCCCUUUUUUUUUGGAGCCCAAACUGGCGCCACCCAAGGAUCUGCACGAAAGCGAAUUGCAAGCAAAACACAUAAAUUGUAAUUAAAAAAAGACACGGAGAAAAAAACCAGAAAUAUCCGAUAAAGCUGCAAAAGCAACAAAUAUCUCGUACAUUUAUCCUGGCCAACGAGCCAAAUAGGACAAAAAGAAAAAGCAACGCACAUUUUAAUUUAUUAGUUGGCUGAACUUUUCGCAAAAUGCCAGCGGGUCGCGUGGCUGGCAAAGCCGGCUACUCCAAUCACUACUACAAUGGUCGCUCGUACGUGGGCAUCAACGAGGAGAUCAUGUGGGUGAGCAUUGGCAUGGGCGUGACCAUAGUGCUGCUGAUCACGAUCGCCCUGUGCUACAUUGCGCGCGAGAAGUGCCAGAAGCGGCAGAGGGAGUACUACGUGACCGCAUAGUUGUUGUACGCGGCCUGCCAAUCGACGGAGGAGCACGGGGGUCCCCAGGACCAGGCCAGGAUCCCCAUGCCCAUGCCCGAGCCCACCCCCAUCCCCGUUCCCGUUCCCAUUCCCAUGGCAAUGGAAGUGGAAGUGGA